GUUGGUGGCAAAACGGAUGUUAUUGAUUUGGCGCGAAUACGUACACUAUACGACGGGAAAACGUUCGAGAAAAUAUUUUUCAGCACACUAAGCUUGCUUUGAAGAUAAAAUGCCCCACGGCGUAUUUGCAAAAAAGAGUGAUUUUUUAGAAAUUGGUGAAUAUAAUUUUUCGUGGCCCGGUGAAAAUGGUACAUUUCAGGAUUUCGGUUCUGUAAAUUACACCAUGCCUUCAGGACCCUGGUAUUGGCCGUGGUGUCCACUUUGGAGAACCACACAACAUCCUCUCUUUCAGUUGUCCAACAUGCUCUUCGUGGCGUCGUAUUGUGCCCCAAGUACCAAAAAGGGGCAACUGUGGAUGCACACAAUUUUAAUUUUUGCCUUCAUGCUGUACUCAAUAUGGGCUUGGCACGUCAUCUGUUCACCUGACGCCUUCUCCUGGAACUUUGGCUUCGUAUUCUUAAAUCUCGCGCAAGUGGUCUACUUGGUCUAUGAGAUGAGACCAGUCAAAUUCGAUCCUGAGCUCGAAGAAGUUUAUCAUACGCUGUUUGAGCCGUUUAAGGUGUCUAGACUGCAGUUCAAGCGCAUGGUAUCUCCUGACUUUGCACACGUGAUGUCACUACACGCAGGCGAAGCGUACGCCAUGCAGAAUCUCACCAAGACUGACCGGCUUGGACUACUUCUAUCUGGAAAGGUCAAUGUUAUGAGCGGUCAUCAGUUCCUACAUCCAAUUCUGCCUUGUGAGUUCUUGGAUUCUCCCGAGUUCGAGUCCAGUCGAGCUACGAUAGAUGAAAAGUUUAAGGUGUCGAUAGUAGCCGCGUCAUCGUGCCGCUACGUGUACUGGCAGCGGAGUUCGCUCGAAUAUUUGUUCGUAAAGGAGCCGUACCUCGCGUGCGUGGUGACGACGCUCAUAGCACGCGACAUCACCACCAAGUUAUAUGCCAUGAACAAUAAGAUCGUCACUGAGAGAGGCUCCCACCUAGAUAUCAGGUUGCCGAGCAUAUCGCACGCGCUUGCUCGAAGCCCGAGGAAGCUUCGUGGGGCUAGUAAACUACCACCACCGACCACGGUUCAGCCUGUACCACCUGAGAAACGACCCAAUUGCUGGAGCCGCGAGCCUGAGCCUAUCACAACUGCAGUAAAACGCAACUGCAACAACACAUACAACGGUGGUGAUGAAGAACUGAUGCCUUUAGCCGCACACGAGGCCCCGGCCGCGUCCUCAGACGACCUGUCUGUGGCCGACAGCUGUCCUGACACGUCUUCCAAGUACCACAGCUGCGAGGCCGUCGAGACUGAUGACGAACUUAGACAUUAAAUACAUUAAAAAAACAUUACCCGCUUUAUUGAUAUUUCUGUGAGGUCAUUUUUUCUCGUUUCAUACCAUAACAUUUGACAGGAACAUAACAUUUGACAGGUACAAUAACACCUACAAUGUUAUGUGUGAUGAAGAGGCCUCAUGCCUCUGCAGCGCAUGAGGCCCUGAGUCUUCCAAGAACGAUGAAACAAAACACGCACGAGGCCCCCUGACCGCGUCUUCCAAGAAUAAGUCAGGGGUAUAGUUCGUAGGGGCUUCUAGACAAUUCGAAGGAAUUGUCGCAGCCCUGGAAUACAUAAAAGUAAGGGUGCAAACUUGGAUAAUUUUUAGUAGAUACACAAAAGCUAACAGCGGCAGUGCUUUGUACCACUAUUGGAGAAGUAAACUUGCAUGACUAUUAAAGUGACUCUGAAAAUGAUUUCACUUAUAUAGAGUUAUAUAUAACUGGGUACCAUAGAAUACGUAUGUUUUAUGUGCAUUUAAAUCAGGUCAUGACGUAGGCAGAAACUAGGGUGUACAAAAAUUGUGCAGCAGAUUUAUCCGUGCCCGCAUGUUUGCGAGACAAAUAGACGAAACUAUUAUUUGUUGUGUUACACGUUUUCAAAGAGUAGGUCUGUAGUACAUACGCGGGCUUUCCUCAGUAACAAUUUACUUUUGAAGUAUUUGUAUAAGGAUUUGUAUUGCAAAUUUAGAAUGAAUGUUUAUAGUUAUUGUAUCGACUGAGAUUGUGAUUGAGAGUUGGCAAGGAGAAAAGCAGGUGGAGGGAAUUAACAACAUUUUGACAGUAAACCAUUAUAUAUUGUCGUUGUUUAUAUUAUGUAAUCACUACAUAAAUUAAUUUAUUAAAUGUAUUCGUAAUGUCAAAGACAUGUAUUAAAAUGUUAAAAAUAAAA